UUCUAGACAAACGGCGUCGUAUUCAGAAUACACAAAAAGCUUCUGGAAGCCUCUUAUCUAUUCCGAUAAUAAACCUCCUCCAUCUCUCUAGGGUUUUGUUAUCUUCUUCAUCUCCAUUUCAUACCUACCAACACACACGUUAUCUUCAUCUCCAUUCGACAAUGGCAGCUGCUCAGAUGACCACCGCCGCAUCGUCACGUGGUUUUCUGCCGCCGUUUGAAGGUCUCCGGCCGGUAACAAUGAAGGUUUCGUCUCUGUCGUUUAGAACCAGUGGUGGUUUGACUCUCCGGUCAACUCGUGGACUCGUUGUUAAAGCUGCUACUACUGUGGCUCCAAAGUACACUACAUUGAAGCCAUUGGGUGAUAGAGUGUUGGUGAAGAUUAGUGCUGUGGAGGAGAAGACUUCAGGUGGUAUAUUGUUGCCAUCAACAGCACAGUCAAAACCUCAAGGGGGUGAGGUUGUUGCUGUCGGAGAAGGCAGGACCAUUGGGCAGCACAAGGUGGAUGUAAGUGUGAAGACUGGUACACAAAUUGUUUAUUCCAAAUAUGCUGGAACAGAGGUUGAGUUCAAUGGUUCAAACCAUCUCUUACUGAAAGAGGAUGACAUUGUUGGUAUUCUUGAGACGGAUGAUGUGAAGGAUUUGAAGCCUCUUAAUGAUAGAAUUCUAAUCAAGGUUAUGGAGGCUGAGGAAACUACAGCUGGUGGUUUGUUGCUCACACAGGGAAGCAAGGAAAAACCCUCCACUGGCACGGUGAUUGCGGUUGGGCCCGGUCCAUUAGAUGAGGAUGGAAGUAGAAAAGGGCUAACAGUGUCUGAAGGUAACACGGUCCUUUACUCGAAAUUUGCUGGGAAUGAUUUCAAAGGAAGCGAUGGGUCGGAUUACAUUGUUCUACGCGCAUCAGACAUCAUGGCGGUCCUUGGUUAAUUUGCUUUUAGGUUAAAGUAUUAUGUAAUCAGACCGUGAAACAACAUUUUUUUGGCAUGCGAGUACUUGUACACGGCACGAGUUUAAGCGGAAAUAAAAUUCAAUAAAAGAGUUGGUACCAUAUGAA